UUUAAGUCAAGCUGGUUUUUUGAUUCCGGCUGGAUCCUGCCCUAGUGUCGGAAUAGGUGGUCACGCGUUAGGUGGUGGAUUUGGGCUUUAUUCAAGAAAAUUUAGCGUUGCUUCGGAUAACAUUCUUUCUAUUGAUAUGAUUAAAGCUGAUGGAUUAUUGAUUACAGCUAACGCAAAUAAAAAUGAAGAUUUAUUCUUUGCUCUUAGAGGUGCUGGUGGUAAUAAUUAUGGAAUAGUAACUUCAUUUACCUUUCAACUUCAUCCUACCCCUCCUAAUGUCACCUCCCUCUCGUUCCAAUACGAAGUAUCUAAUAUUCAAAAACUUUUAGAUACAAUCAACAAAUUUGGUCUCAACCUACCAGAUGAUGUAACAUUAAGCAUAGUUUUUUCUCCAGAAUCUUUAGAACUUAAUGGUGUUUAUCUAGGAUCUCAAAAAAAUGCUAAAGAAGUUAUGAAAAAUUUCAUUUCAUCUUCAAACCCUUCUUCGACCAAGUUUAUUGAAGAAUCUUUUUUUUCAAGUGUUGUAAGAUGGGGUUUUGAAGGUACUCAAGGUACAAUAAAUCCAACACAUCAUCCUAAUGACUUUAAAGCAAAAUCAUUCCUUGUAAAAUCACCUGGACUUUCAUCUGAUGCUAUUAAAUCACUUCAAAAGUUUAUGUCGGAACUUCCUAGUGAUUGUCCAACUUUUGCUGAAUUUGAUCUAUUUGGUGGCGCUAUUAAUAGAGUUGCCCCGGAUGCCACUGCAUUUGUACAUAGAGAUAUAUUAUACGGAAUUCAAUUAUAUAUGGAAUUGAAUAGUGAUUCAAUUACAAACACAGGAUGUAUUGAUAAGAUUAAUAAAUUUGGUGUUACUUUUCAAAAUGAUUUUAGUAGUUAUCAGAAUUAUAUUGAUAAAGAUUUAGUUAAUUGGCAAAAAAGGUAUUAUGGUUCAAAUUUUCCAAAGUUAGUCGAUAUAAAAAAGAAGUUUGAUCCUGAUAAUGUUUUUAAAUUUCCUCAAAGUAUUUAA